AUGUCCAAUCAAUAUGCCAUUUUGGCAACAUACACAUCUGCAGUGUUCAGAAUAAAUCUGUUCAUUAUAUAUGUAUGUAUCUAUCUAUCACAGUCUGUUCAUUAUCUAUCUAUCUAUCUAUCAAUCACAGUCUUUGCAUUAUCUUUCUCAGUCUGUUCAUUAUAUAUGUAUGUAUCUGUCUAUCUAUCACAGUCUGUUAAUUAUCUAUCUAUCUAUCUAUCUAUCACAGUUUGUUCAUUAUCUAUCUAUCUAUCUAUCUAUCACAGUUUGUUCAUUAUCUAUCUAUCUAUCUAUCUAUCACAGUUUGUUCAUUAUCUAUCUAUCUAUCUAUCUAUCACAGUUUGUUCAUUAUCUAUCUAUCUAUCUAUCUAUCUAUCUAUCUAUCAAUCACAGUCUGUUCAUUAUCUAUCAAUCUAUCACAGUCUGUUCAUCUAUCUAUCUAUCUAUCAAUCACAGUCUGUUCACUAUCUAUCUAUCAAUCACAGUCUGUUCACUAUCUAUCAAUCACAGUCUGUUCAUUAUCUAUCUAUCAAUCACAGUCUGUUCAUUAUCUAUCUAUCUAUCUAUCAAUCACAGUCUCUUCAUUAUCUAUCUAUCUAUCUAUCUAUCAAUCACAGUCUGUUCAUUAUCUAUCUAUCUAUCAAUCACAGUCUGUUCAUUAUCUAUCUAUCUAUCAAUCACAGUCUCUUCAUUAUCUAUCUAUCUAUCAAUCACAGUCUCUUCAUUAUCUAUCUAUCUAUCAAUCACAGUCUCUUCAUUAUCUAUCUAUCUAUCUAUCAAUCACAGUCAGUUCAUUAUUUAUCUAUCUAUCAAUCACAGUCUGUUCAUUAUCUAUCAAUCUAUCACAGUCUGUUCAUUAUCUAUCUAUCUAUCUAUCAAUCACAGUCUGUUCACUAUCUAUCUAUCAAUCACAGUCUGUUCACUAUCUAUCAAUCACAGUCAGUUCAUUAUCUAUCUAUCUAUCUAUCAAUCACAGUCUCUUCAUUAUCUAUCUAUCUAUCAAUCACAGUCUGUUCAUUAUCUAUCUAUCUAUCAAUCACAGUCUGUUCAUUAUCUAUCUAUCUAUCAAUCACAGUCUCUUCAUUAUCUAUAUCUAUCAAUCACAGUCUGUUCAUUAUUUAUCUAUCAAUCACAGUCUGUUCAUUAUCUAUCUAUCUAUCAAUCACAGUCUCUUCAUUAUCUAUCUAUCUAUCAAUCACAGUCUCUUCAUUAUCUAUCUAUCUAUCUAUCAAUCACAGUCUGUUCAUUAUUUAUCUAUCUAUCACAGUCUGUUCAUUAUCUAUCUAUCUAUCAAUCACAUUCUGUUCACUAUCUAUCAAUCACAGUCUGUUCACUAUCUAUCUAUCUAUCAAUCACAGUCUGUUCACUAUCUAUCUAUCUAUCAAUCACAGUCUGUUCAUUAUCUAUCUAUCAAUCACAGUCUGUUCAUUAUCUAUCCAUCUAUCUAUCAAUCACAGUCUGUUCAUUAUCUAUCAAUCUAUCACAGUCUGUUCAUUAUCUAUCUAUCUAUCAAUCACAGUCUGUUCAUUAUCUGUCUAUCUAUCUAUCAAUCACAGUCUGUUCAUUAUCUAUCUAUCUAACUAUCUAUCAAUCACAGUCUGUUCAUUAUCUAUCUAUCAAUCACAGUCUGUUCAUUAUUUAUCAAUCUAUCACAGUCUGUUCAUUAUCUAUCUAUCAAUCACAGUCUGUUCACUAUCUAUCUAUCACUCACAGUCUGUUCACUAUCUAUCUAUCAAUCACAGUCUGUUCACUAUCUAUCUAUCAAUCACAGUCUGUUCAUUAUCUAUCUAUCAAUCACAGUCUGUUCAUUAUCUAUCUAUCUAUCUAUCUAUCAAUCACAGUCUGUUCAUUAUCUAUCUAUCUAUCUAUCUAUCACUCACAGUCUGUUCACUAUCUAUCUAUCAAUCACAGUCUGUUCACUAUCUAUCUAUCAAUCACAGUCUGUUCAUUAUCUAUCUAUCAAUCACAGUCUGUUCAUUAUCUAUCUAUCUAUCUAUCUAUCAAUCACAGUCUGUUCAUUAUCUAUCUAUCUAUCAAUCACAGUCUGUUCGUUAUCUAUCUAUCUAUCAAUCACAGUCUUUGCAUUAUCUUUCUCAGUCUGUUCAUUAUAUAUGUAUGUAUCUGUCUAUCUAUCACAGUCUGUUCAUUAUCUAUCUAUCAAUCACAGUCUGUUCACUAUCUAUCUAUCUAUCAAUCACAGUCUGUUCAUUAUCUAUCUAUCUAUCAAUCACAGUCUCUUCAUUAUCUAUCUAUCUAUCUAUCAAUCACAGUCUGUUCAUUAUCUAUCUAUCUAUCAAUCACAUUCUGUUCACUAUCUAUCAAUCACAGUCUGUUCACUAUCUAUCUAUCUAUCAAUCACAGUCUGUUCACUAUCUAUCUAUCUAUCAAUCACAGUCUGUUCAUUAUCUAUCUAUCAAUCACAGUCUGUUCAUUAUCUAUCCAUCUAUCUAUCAAUCACAGUCUAUUCAUUAUCUAUCAAUCUAUCACAGUCUGUUCAUUAUCUAUCUAUCUAUCAAUCACAGUCUGUUCAUUAUCUGUCUAUCUAUCUAUCAAUCACAGUCUGUUCAUUAUCUAUCUAUCAAUCACAGUCUGUUCAUUAUUUAUCAAUCUAUCACAGUCUGUUCAUUAUCUAUCUAUCUAUCUAUCAAUCACAGUCUGUUCACUAUCUAUCUAUCACUCACAGUCUGUUCACUAUCUAUCUAUCAAUCACAGUCUGUUCACUAUCUAUCUAUCAAUCACAGUCUGUUCAUUAUCUAUCUAUCAAUCACAGUCUGUUCAUUAUCUAUCUAUCUAUCUAUCUAUCAAUCACAGUCUGUUCAUUAUCUAUCUAUCUAUCAAUCACAGUCUGUCUUAUUUAUCUAUCUAUCUAUCAAUCACAGUCUGUUCACAUUAUCUAUCUAUCUAAAUCACAGUUAUUAUGUAUUAUCUAUCUAUCAAUCACAGUCUGUUCAUUAUCUAUCUAUCUAUCUAUCUAUCAAUCACAGUCUGUUCAUUCAUUAUCUAUCUAUCUAUCAAUCACAGUCUGUUCAUUAUCUAUCUAUCUAUCAAUCACAGUCUUUGUUUAUUUUUUUCUCAUCUGUUCAUUAUAUAGUCUGUAUCUGUUAUCUAUCAAGUCUGUUCAUUAUCUAUCUAUUCACAUCUAUUUCACUAUCUAUCUAUCUAUCAAUCACAGUCUCAUUAUUUAUCUAUCUAUCAAUCAAGUCUCUUCAUUAUCUAUUCAUCUAUCUAUCAAUCACAGUCUGUUCAUUAUUUAUCUAUCUAUCAAUCACAGUCUGUUCAUUAUCUAUCAAUCUAUCACAGUCUGUUCAUUAUUUAUCUAUCUAUCAAUCACAGUCUGUUCACUAUCUAUCAAUCACAGUCUGUUCAUUAUCUAUCUAUCUAUCUAUCUAUCAAUCACAGUCUGUUCAUUAUCUAUCUAUCUAUCAAUCACAGUCUGUUCAUUAUCUAUCUAUCUAUCAAUCACAGUCUGUUCAUUAUCUAUCUAUCUAUCAAUCACAGUCUCUUCAUUAUCUAUCUAUCUAUCAAUCACAGUCUCUUCAUUAUCUAUCUAUCUAUCAAUCACAGUCUCUUCAUUAUCUAUCUAUCUAUCUAUCUAUCAAUCACAGUCUGUUCAUUAUUUAUCUAUCUAUCACAGUCUGUUCAUUAUCUAUCUAUCUAUCAAUCACAGUCUGUUCACUAUCUAUCAAUCACAGUCUGUUCACCAUCUAUCUAUCUAUCAAUCACAGUCUGUUCACUAUCUAUCUAUCUAUCAAUCACAGUCUGUUCAUUAUCUAUCUAUCUAUCUAUCAACCACUGUCUGUUCAUUAUCUAUCUAUCUAUCAAUCACAGUCUGUUCAUUAUCUAUCUAUCUAUCUAUCAAUCACAGUCUGUUCAUUAUCUAUCUAUCAAUCACAGUCUGUUCAUUAUCUAUCCAUCUAUCUAUCAAUCACAGUCUGUUCAUUAUCUAUCAAUCUAUCACAGUCUGUUCAUUAUCUAUCUAUCUAUCAAUCACAGUCUGUCCAUUAUCUGUCUAUCUAUCUAUCAAUCACAGUCUGUUCAUUAUCUAUCUAUCUAACUAUCUAUCAAUCACAGUCUGUUCAUUAUCUAUCUAUCAAUCACAGUCUGUUCAUUAUUUAUCAAUCUAUCACAGUCUGUUCAUUAUCUAUCUAUCUAUCUAUCUAUCUAUCAAUCACAGUCUGUUCACUAUCUAUCUAUCACAGUCUGUUCACUAUCUAUCUAUCAAUCACAGUCUGUUCAUUAUCUAUCUAUCUAUCUAUCUAUCAAUCACAGUCUGUUCAUUAUCUAUCUAUCUAUCUAUCUAUCAAUCACAGUCUGUUCAUUAUCUAUCUAUCUAUCUAUCAAUCACAGUCUGUUCAUUAUCUAUCUAUCUAUCUAUCUAUCAAUCACAGUCUGUUCAUUAUCUAUCUAUCUAUCUAUCUAUCUAUCAAUCACAGUCUGUUCAUUAUCUAUCUAUCUAUCUAUCUAUCAAUCACAGUCUGUUCAUUAUCUAUCUAUCUAUCAAUCACAGUCUGUUCGUUAUCUAUCUAUCUAUCAAUCACAGUCUUUGCAUUAUCUUUCUCAGUCUGUUCAUUAUAUAUGUAUGUAUCUGUCUAUCUAUCACAGUCUGUUCAUUAUCUAUCUAUCUAUCACAGUCUGUUCAUUAUCUAUCUAUCUAUCAAUCACAGUCUGUUCACUAUCUAUCUAUCUAUCAAUCACAGUCUGUUCAUUAUCUAUCUAUCUAUCUAUCUAUCUAUCAAUCACAGUCUGUUCAUUAUCUAUCUAUCUAUCUAUUUAUCUAUCAAUCACAGUCUGUUCAUUAUCUAUUUAUCUAUGUAUCAAUCACAGUCUGUUCACUAUCUCUCACUCACAGUCUGUUCACUAUCUAUCAAUCACAGUCUGUUCACUAUCUAUCAAUCACAGUCUGUUCAUUAUCUAUCUAUCUAUCUAUCAAUCACAGUCUCUUCAUUAUCUAUCUAUCUAUCUAUCAAUCACAGUCUGUUCAUUAUCUAUCUAUCUAUCAAUCACAGUCUGUUCAUUAUCUAUCUAUCAAUCACAGUCUGUUCAUUAUCUAUCUAUCUAUCUAUCUAUCUAUCAAUCAAUCACAGUCUGUUCAUUAUCUAUCUAUCUAUCUAUCUAUCUAUCAAUCAAUCACAGUCUGUUCAUUAUCUAUCUAUCUAUCAAUCACAGUCUGUUCAUUAUCUAUCUAUCUAUCAAUCACAGUCUGUUCAUUAUCUAUCUAUCAAUCACAGUCUGUUCAUUAUCUAUCUAUCUAUCUAUCUAUCUAUCAAUCACAGUCUUUUCAUUAUCUAUCUAUCUAUCUAUCUAUCUAUCAAUCACAGUCUUUUCAUUAUCUAUCUAUCUAUCUAUCAAUCACAGUCUGUUCAUUAUCUAUCUAUCUAUCUAUCAAUCACAGUCUGUUCAUUAUCUAUCUAUCUAUCAAUCACAGUCUGUUCAUUAUCUAUCUAUCUAUCACAGUCUGUUCAUUAUCUAUCUAUCUAUCUAUCACAGUCUGUUCAUUAUCUAUCUAUCUAUCUAUCUAUCACAGUCUGUUCAUUAUCUAUCUAUUUAUCUAUCUAUCUAUCAAUCACAGUCUGUUCAUUAUCUAUCUAUCUAUCUAUCAAUCACAGUCUGUUCAUUAUCUAUCUAUCUAUCUAUCAAUCAGAGUAUGUUCAUUAUCUAUCUAUCUAUCUAUCAAUCACAGUCUGUUCGUUAUCUAUGUAUCUAUCAAUCACAGUCUUUGCAUUAUCUUUCUCAGUCUGUUCAUUAUAUAUGUAUGUAUCUGUCUAUCUAUCACAGUCUGUUCAUUAUCUAUCUAUCUAUCAAUCACAGUCUGUUCACUAUCUAUCUAUCUAUCAAUCACAGUCUGUUCAUUAUCUAUCUAUCUAUCUAUCUAUCAAUCACAGUCUGUUCAUUAUCUAUCUAUCUAUCAAUCACAGUCUGUUCAUUAUCUAUCUAUCUAUCUUUCUCAGUCUGUUCAUUAUCUAUCUAUCUAUCAAUCACAGUCUGUUCAUUAUCUAUCUAUCUAUCUUUCUCAGUCUGUUCAUUAUCUAUCUAUCUAUCUCAGUCUGUUCAUUAUCUAUCUAUCUAUCUAUCAGUCUGUACUUUUUCUUUCUGCAGUGUUAG